GUCGACAACACCAGACAGAGUGCAGAGGGGUAAAGCGGCGAAUUUCUAAACAGUUCCGUCCCGCGCAACGGCGACCUGCGAUCCUGCCCCACCAUCGUAGUAUUCACCGGGAACUCUCCCCUUCACACUACGCAGACCGGCGCUCGAGAUGCCCACCAUAGCAGUUGACAAAGCCGAGCUUUUCAAAGCUCUGGGGAGGGAGUAUACCACGGACGAGUUCGACGAGCUAUGUUUCGAAUUCGGUAUCGAGCUGGACGAGGACACAAGCCAGAGCAAAAAGCCCGAGGACCUUGCCCAACCGCCUCAAUUGAAGAUUGAGAUACCGGCGAAUCGCUAUGACAUGCUAUGUUUCGAGGGUAUUGCGCUGAAUCUGCGGGUUUUCCUGGAGAAACAACAGCUACCGAAAUGGACGCUGACCCCGCCUCCAUCCGGAGAAUUGCAAACCCUCACAAUCCAGCCGGAGACCGAGCAAAUUCGGCGAUACUGCUCCGGCGUCAUCCUGCGCAACAUCGAGUUUAAUCAGGACAGAUAUGACUCCUUCAUAGCGCUGCAGGACAAGCUGCACCAGAAUCUUGCUCGCCAGAGGACAUUGGUGUCUAUAGGAACGCACGAUCUCGACACAAUCCAGGGGCCCUUCUCAUACGAGGCCCUUCCUCCUGAGCAAAUUGAGUUCGUCCCUCUGAAUCAAACCAAGAAGAUGAACGGUAAAGAAUUGAUGGAGUUCUACGAGAAAGACAAGCAUCUCGGUCGAUACCUGCACAUCAUUCGCGAUUCGCCUGUGUACCCUGUGAUAUACGACGCCAACCGUACGGUCCUGUCCCUCCCUCCCAUAAUAAACGGGGACCAUAGCAAGAUCACACUGAAUACAAAGAACGUCUUCAUCGAAAUAACCGCCUUGGACAAGACAAAGGUGGAGGUCGUGAACCAUAUGCUUGUGGCCAUGUUCGGACCUUACGCUGAGUCGAUAGAACCGAUCAAGAUUAUAUCCGAUCACAACAAUGAGUCGAGAGUAGCACCCGAUCUAACACCUCGGCAGAUGCAGGCGGAGGUCGAUUAUCUAAACGGGUGCACAGGAUUGAAUCUAUCUCCCGAGGAGAUUUCCAAGUUGCUCGGACGUAUGGGCUACACGGUACCGCCAUCCAAAGCGGAUAGCAAUAUCCUGGAUGUAUCCGUUCCUAUAAACCGGGCGGACGUUCUCCACCAGGCCGAUGUCAUGGAGGACUUCGCUAUUGCAUAUGGAUUCAACCGCCUACCCCGGUAUUAUCCCAACAAGUCAGCGGCUGUAGCCGCUCCUCUUCCGAUCAACAAGCUUGCCGAUAUCGUGCGCUUCGAAGCUGCAACAGCCGGAUGGAGCGAGGUGAUGCCACUCAUUCUCUGCUCGCACGACGAGAAUUUCGAAUGGCUGAACCGGAAAGAUGAUGGCAAGACGGCGAUCAAGCUCGCAAACCCAAAGACGGCGGAGUACCAGGUUGUGCGGACAUCACUCCUCCCUGGUUUGCUCAAGACCCUCAACUCGAACAAGCACCAUGCAGUCCCCAUCAAGAUCUUCGAAUCCAGCGAUGUUGGUUACAUAGAUCUGUCCCAGGAGCGGAAGACUCGGAACGAACGGCAUUUCGCAGCGGCCAUCAUGGGGAAGACCAGCGGGUUUGAGCAGGUGCAUGGUCUGCUGGACAGGCUGAUGCUGAUGCUCAGGUGCGCUUUCAUAACACGGGAAGAGGGGCUGAAGGACGAUAAGCUCGAAGGAUACUGGAUCGAAGAAGUCGAUGACCCGACCUUCCUCAAGGGACAUGCAGCCUCCAUCAACCUGAAAAUGGCCGGAAAGCAGCAUAAGAUUGGCGUCUUUGGCAUCUUGCACCCUUCUGUGCUCCACAAGUUCGAACUGCCUUACCCUGUCAGCACGCUGGAGAUUGACCUCCAGGUCUUCUUGUGAGAUCACCUGGGUCUGGGCGUCUGUACCAUACGUAGCUAGAUGAAUUAGACGAACACAGCAACGCAUAAAGGCAGUAUGGUAUCAGUCAAAAUCGUGAGAACUCUGGUACAAAAGUUCUCCGUCAGCUGAAAGCAUCUUCGCCGCUCGUGAGAGAAGCCUAAUGUGACUGUGCAUCAUCACCUCCAGGAAGAAAGAUGGGAUGACUUUAGAAUGUUGAUUUGAACCAGAGACUGUCCGCGGGGAAUAGGAUGCGAACGGCGUACGCCCGCCUAUUUGACCUCGAAGUUGACCUUGGUGGGUCUUCUCUUCCUAAGCCCGACGCAAACUACACGCUAUGUAGAAAAUCCUGCAGUACGGUCUGCUUGCC